AUGUAUCUCUGCGAGUUCCUACCGAGACUAGGACAAGUAUCCAUCUAUGUGGAAACGCCCCAUCCAUUGAAACUGAUCACCGGCAUUAAGUUCGAGGAAAAUACUCUUUGCAUAAGUAAUCCAGAUGAAAACUUGAUUUUGCUUCCACGAUUAACGGGAAGUAAGGAAGGUGUUGUGAAUGAUCAACAACUCACAAUCAAAAGCAUAUCACACGACAAGAACCAGCUUUCUUUAAGACUUGAAAUGCCCGCCGCUAUACGAGUGGCUUCAUCAUCUACAUUUAUGACGAUGGCUGCCGAGAAUCAGCUUUGGUCGGUCAGAGACCUUCUUCUAAAGACUCCAAAGUCAAAGAGCAAUGUCAACCAGUUCCGCUUCGAGUGCGCUAAAUGUGGCACCGAGGUUCUUGACUCUGAAAGCUCAAAAUUUGGAGAAAUGCCCCUGGAGUUUUGGCAUGAAUUGAUGGACUUUUGGCAUUGCCACAAGCCUCACGAGGAGCAUCACAACCACAAUGACAAAAAUUAUAACGGCAAAUUGCUGCUUAAGCCAGGAUUUACAUAUAUUGGGGCAUCGUAUUUACUCGUUACUGGCGACAGAAGCGUAUGCUCUAAAUGCUCCCUGGAACUUGGAACCUUUGAUCAAACCAAUGACUCUACCAAAAUAUCUAAAUGGAAUCUCAAAUUGACAUAUGCAGACAAAAUAGAGGAGUAUCCGCCAUAUCUACUAGUUUAUCAUUCGAUACUUGAUAGAAUUAAUUCUGCUGGUGUAAGGAAAUUCUCUGUAUCUUUGGCGGGGGACAAAACCUGUUGCCUUGAUAUUUGGGUCACUGCUGUUGGAAUAAACAUCUCAGUCAACGGCAAGCAAUACGACAAUACUCUCAAAACACUCUAUAAGUUUACAUCAAGAGCGCGUGAGGAUGAUGUCUUGGAGGUUCCUUCAGUGGUUUGGAAGUCUUUUGAACAGCACCUCAAGUCAAUGACUGAGUCGAUGCCGAAAGAGCUACACAAUCUAAAAAUUUCUGAGGAGGGCAUUGAUGAAAUGUUCAAUGUUGCGUAUUUGGUUCCCAGCUAUGCGCUGUGA